GUGUUGUCGAUUAGAAACUAGAGUAGAGUGUAGAGUUCCAUACCAGAUGAUUCAAACGCAGAGCGCUUUGGGGUUUUACACCAUAUAUUUUGUUUUGGUUUUCACGCAUCUCGUACAAGCAGGAUGCUUCCGUGAAGGAGAGGACGACUACACCUUACCUACUCCAAUUGAAGGACUCGCUUACCCUUCUGAGCAAGGGUCGACAAUGUCUUGCAGCUCGGAUUUUUCAUCAUUUCGUAAUGGAAUAGUGGUGAAAACUCUUUUCUACAAUGUCAUGCCCGGAGUGUUCAUGAUUUGUGUUCGUGCCGCUCAUCAAAAUGAGUACCGUCUGACACUUGCAUGGAUCAAAGAUAAGGUUAUGUUUGCCACUUAUAAAACGAGUUCGUGUGAACCAGCAGAGCUAACCGGAUCCAUAACUGUGUACGACAUAGAUCAAACAGAUAGAAUAAUACAACUGCUGGCUCGUAUUCAAACAGGGCAAGUAUCAACCUGCAUGCAUUACACCUUCCAGAACAACGGAGUAAAAAGUAAUCCAUGUACCAGUGAAACAAAAAACAGUUGUAAAAAUCCAACAGCGAGCUGGGUUGUUCACGUCAAACAAUGGAUUAUAAAUGGACGCGGUCGCUUGGACAACGGAUGGAAACAAGUGGCGAUCAAAAAACCUUCAGCGCCACUUCGUCAAGACUCUCGCCCUGAUUAUGAUAGGCCUACUCGCCCUGGGUCUUAUGGCACACAUUCUACAUGGUCCUUCUCUGGUAGUAACAAACCCAGUCAUCACCAUGGUCAUCACAGGCCAGGCUUAGGGGGGAGUGAAGGAACAGGAGGAGGUUUUGGACAAGGAUUUUCGGCUGGCGUCUUUUUUGAUGAGAUCAAGAACUACGUUGAAAGUGCAACGGGAUGGUCGUUUGGAUCUGUUGGAGAUUUGGUAACGGGAUGGUCGUUUGGAUCUGUAGGGAAUUUGAUACCUGAUAUGACCUGUUCAUGUGGAGGAGAUUCUGUAUCUUAUAGCUCAGGCGUGACACAAGUAGAUCUUGGAUCCAACCCGACGUCACAAUCAGGAGGGGAUAACAAUGAUGACGCAUCGGGUUGUAUUGGUGCUCUUAUUGAAGCUUGUAUCGGAUUCCUUGCUUCUCUCGACUGCUCAAACCCAGACGAGUGAUCUCCACUGACUUAGAGCAGUGGAAUUAAAGAGGAGAAGAAACAUAUUUUUUUCUGUGUGAC